AGGGGGAGGGGUGGGAGUUGCUGCUGCUGUCGAGUAACCGCUCAGUGGCAAGAGACGCGGCACAGGCGCAGGGCCAUGUUGCCCGGAGUGUAGCUGCUGCAGCCCCGUCACCUCCACCAUGAUCAUAGAGAACGUGGACGCGCUCAAGUCCUGGCUGGCUAAGUUACUGGAGCCAAUAUGUGACGCUGAUCCUUCAGCUUUGGCAAACUAUGUUGUGGCAUUGGUCAAGAAAGACAAACCAGAGAAAGAACUGAAGGCUUUCUGUGCUGAUCAGCUGGAUGUAUUUCUGCAAAAAGAAACAUCAGGUUUUGUCGAUAAACUCUUUGAGAGCCUGUACACCAAGGAUUACCUAGCUCCCAAUGAGCCAGUAAAACCAGAGUUGAAGCCUGCAGGUCAGGGAAAAGAAGAAAUCAAAGAAGAGAGGAAAGCAUCACCCUGCAGCCACCCGCCAUCUUCAUUUCCUAUGUGCGGGAGCGCAUGUGUGGCCCAGAGGCAUUUGUGGGGAAUGAAGAUGACAAUGACUGGAGGCCCACACUUUGCUUUGAAGCAAUCCCAGGUGCUGACAUUUCAGGAAUCUUUUGAAGAAGAACGAGAGGGCAAAAAGAAGAAAUAUACUAGCCCUCAGAAGACUCGUUCAGAUUCUAAUGAACAAAGAACUAGAGAAAGAAAAAGAGAUGAUGGCAAAUGGAGAGACUACGAUAGAUACUAUGAUCGGAAUGACGUAUACAGAGACAAAUAUGACUGGCGAAGGGGAAGAAGUAAGAGUCGUAGUAAAAGCAGAGGACUAAGCCGGAGUCGUAGCCGCAGUCGGGGUAGAAGCAAAGACCAGGAUGCAAGCAAAGACAGGGAUGCAAAUAGAAAUGUUGUAGAGCACAGAGAGCGAGCCAAGUUCAAGUGUGAAAGGGGUGAUAUGGAGAGCUCAUAUAAUCCAGUGUCUUUGUCUUCCGUUAAUUCUACUGAGCAGUAUUCCUCUGGAGCACAGUGUAUUCCCAGUGCCGUUACUGUGAUUGCACCUGCUCACCAUCCUGAAAACACAACAGAAAGCUGGUCAAAUUACUAUAGCAAUCAUUCUGUUCCUAACUCAUUUGGCAGGAAUGCCCCACCGAAACGGCGUUGUCGAGAUUAUGAUGAACGAGGGUUUUGUGUACUUGGUGAUCUCUGUCAAUUUGAUCAUGGAAAUGACCCACUAGUUGUUGAUGAAGUAUCUUUGCCAAGCAUGAUUCCUUUUCCACCACCACCUCCAGGACUUCCUCCUCCUGGAAUGUUAAUGCCCCCUACGCGAGGCCCGACACACAACAUGAGAAUGCCAGGUCCGCAAGUACAUCCUCGGCCGCCGCCACCUGUUAGAAUUCCUAUACCAAGGCCUCCUUUAUCACAGUCGAGUUUAAUCAACAGUCGUGACCAGCCAGGAACAACUCCAGUGCCCAGCCUUGCACCAGUGGGAGCAAGACUACCUCCUCCACUACCCCAAAACCUACUAUAUUCAGUAUCAGAACAUACAUAUGAACCAGAUGGCUAUAAUCCAGAAGCUCCUAGUAUUACCAGUACUGGCAGAUCUCAGUACCGCCAGUUCUUUUCAAGGACACCAAUGCAACGUCCAAAUCUUAUUGGCCUAACAUCUGGUGAGAUGGAUACCAAUCCAAGAGCUGCCAAUAUUAUCAUCCAGACUGAGCCUCCAAUUGGCAUUGCAAGUAACAGCAGUAAUGUAUCCAGAGUGGUGCUUGAGCCAGACAACAGGAAGCGAAUUUCAAACGCUGUAGAAGGGCCAUCUCCAAAGAAACCUUGGAUUGCAAAGCAAGCUAAUAACCAGAAUAAGCCAGGAUUUCUGAAGAAGAACCAGUAUACAAAUACCAAAUUGGAAGUUCGUAAAAUACCACCAGAACUAAACAAUAUUACUCAGCUUAAUGAGCAUUUCAGCAAAUUUGGAACAAUUGUCAACAUUCAGGUUGCCUUCAAGAAUGAUCCUGAAGCAGCUCUGAUUCAGUACUUAACAAAUGAUGAAGCCAGGAAAGCAAUUUCUAGCACAGAGGCAGUGCUGAACAAUCGGUUUAUACGAGUGCUAUGGCACCGGGAAAACAGCGACCAGCAGCCGUUGCAGCCAUCCCAACAGCAGCAGCAGACGCCUCCUGCUCUUCAGCACCAGCUUCACCUGCAGCAGCAAAUGUUCGCACAGGCUCCAGCUGUAACAAUGCACAGCAGUAUGCCAAAGGUUACUAAACCACUGACAUCAGGCGCCUAUGUCCUUAACAAGUCCUUAGUUAAACAUCGUCUUGGAGCAACUGGUGGAAAUCAGACAGACUCGCAACAUUUAUUACUUAAUCAGUCCAGUGCUUCUGCAGAGGAUGCUCAAAUAUUUCCCACUUCUAGCCAUGCGAAGAUGGUUUAUAGUUCCUCUAAUUUGAAGACAUCCAUAAAACCUGGUGCAGCAAAUAAAUCUCAUGAUGUCCAAGAAGUUCUUAAAAAGAAACAGGAGGCAAUGAAACUACAGCAAGAUAUGAGGAAGAAAAAGCAAGAAAUGCUAGAGAAACAAAUUGAAUGUCAAAAGAUGUUAAUAUCAAAAUUGGAAAAGAAUAAAGCUAUGAAACCAGAGGAAAGGGCAGCGCUCAUGAAGACUCUGAAAGAGCUAACAGUAAAAAUUUCUCAGUUGAAAGACGAAUUAAAAACUUCAUCUGCCACUUCUACAACAUCAAAGCUAAAGUCUAAAACAGAGGCACAAAAGGAACUUCUCGAUGCAGAAUUGGACUUCCAUAAAAGGCUGUCUUCAGGGGAAGAUACAACAGAAUUAAGGAAAAAGCUCACCCAGUUACAGGUGGAGGCUGCCCGUUUAGGUAUCCUGCCUGUUGGUCGUGGAAAAGUGAUGUCUGCUCAAAGUAGAGGGAGAGGACGAGGUCGUGGAGGGAGAGGGAGAGGUGUAGUGAAUCACAUGGUAGUGGACCACCGUCCCAAAGCGCUAACCAUUGGGGGCUUUGUGGAAGAGGAGAAAGACGAAUUGCUACAGCACUUUUCAAAAUUUGGAGAUAUUGAAGGCCUUCAAGAGGAGGAUUCUCCUUUAAGUGUUGUUCUGACAUUUAAAUCCCGCUCUGAAGCUGAAAAUGCUGCCAACCAAGGAUUAAAGUUCAAAGACCGACGACUUCAGAUAUCAUGGCAUAAACCCAAGGUACCCUCUGUGUCCACAGAAACUGAGGAAGAAGAACCCAAGGAGGAGGAGACCGAAACAUCAGACUUAUUUUUGCAUGAAGAUGAUGAUGACGAUGAUGAAGAUGAAGAUGAAUCUCGCUCCUGGAGAAGAUGAAGCUUGAAGUGGAAUCAUAUAGUUUUAGAAUUGUUUGAACUAAAACUUUUAAAAAUUAUUUAAAGGAAGUCAAUGAGCCAAAAAUCUGUUUUUGUUUUUGUUUUUAUUUUCAUAUACACAAGAGAGCAAGUGUGAGUUUGAUAUAGAAGUUAGCAAAUGAGUACCCAUGAUCAGCCAAAGGCCCAAAGCUUAUACAGAGUUGUAAAGAUGGUUGUGAUCCUCUAAAGAUGAAAUGUGUCAGUCUUUCAAGCCCAACUUGUCUCAGUUCUGUUUUUAAAAAAUGGAUUGUUUUACAAGGUUAUCAAUGAUUUGCAGACUUUAUUUAGUAAUGUGGAGUCUGAGGUGAGAGCUGUAGGUGAAAUUCAUUAAAAAAUGUCAAGAAUUGCACAUAAUAUGCUUGUGGAAGAGGCCAGUUUUACUGCAUUUCCACUAUCGGAGAUCGAGCAGAAUUAUAGUGCAAAACCACUGAACUCAUAUAUUCAAAUUAGUCCUUGCCAGCAUUGAUGUCAGCCAGUCCUGUCAUGAUACUUUGAUUCUUCUCAAUCCUGAUCACUUUUUGGUACAAUUGACCAACAAGAGCUGCUGUCAAUUAUCCAUAUAUUUCAGUGGAACAUAUGUGGACCUCCUACACAAACCCUAUUAGAAUGAAAGCAGCAGUUGUGCGUUUGUCCUUUUUAAAGUGCCCCAACCAUUAGAACUCAUUCUCUGUGGCUAAAUCAGCUUUUUAUUUUACUUUAGACCAAUCCUAUACAGUAUUCCAAGCAACUUACUCUCUCUUUAGCCCACAAAGUCCCAAGUCUAAAAUAAUCACAUUUUAAAAUAAUAAAUAUGAAACCAGCAUUUGGAAUGAUGUGCGCUUAACUCGUUGCAAAGUAAUUGUCAUGAAAUGAAUGUUAAGUUGAAGAGACCCAGACUUCGAUACUUUUUGUCUGCAUGCUGUUUGAUUUUAUCAUCACUUCUUCUCCCCCUCCCCACAUUUUUCUAAAGCACCAAAUAGUGACUGGUGUAGAUUUUGAUAGAAACUGCAUUUGAUAUGUUUUGAGCAAUAGAUCUUCAUAACUCACGUGUCUCUUGCUGCUGUUAAGCCUAAGCACAUUAUGCUGUAGGUUUUUUCCUUCACUCUUAGUGCCUCUGUACUGUACCCCAUAGACAGUAGCACCAUGUUAUAUAAGGAGAUAACGCUACCCGACUGCAUUGUGAAUGUUAAGAUCGAAGAAACAGAGCAAACAUUACUGUAUCAACUCCUGUGGUACUAAAACACUACUGUAAGCAAAUAGAACUAAUUCUCACCUUUUCCAGAAGUCUUCUGUUCAGAUGUAUUACCAUAACUGGUACUUGGUUCACUGCAAGUAUCUGAAAUACUAAAUUAGGUUGACAUGAAGUCAAGCACUAUUUCUGUUCCCCCUCUCAUUUGGGGUACUGUUGUGUGUGUAUUGUGGUAUGAAAAAUACAAACAAGUAUAAAUUUAUAUUCCACUUGGGGAAGUGUUAAUUUAUCAACAGUUUUUGCCCUUUACGUGAAAGCCUUUGUAUUCUAGAUUAUUGCUACAUUCCUACUAAUGUUGCGUCUCAGUGAAUUAAGUUAUGCGGGGGGUGGGGGGGAGCACGAAUAUUGCACACCCUAGCAGGCAAAGCCUUGCUCUUCCCCCAUUGCCUGUAACGUCUCUGGAAUGCCUGUGGCUCAGUAUGUGGCCAUUACAUACAUUGACCCAUCACAGCAGAACGCUUGAAUCUGAACAAUUUAAUGAAAUGAUAGAGGGAACAAAGGAUUUAUAUAUAUAUAUAUAUUAUAUAUAUAUAUAUAUGUAUGUAUACAUAUUGUACAGGGUUUUUCUUAAAACUGUAUAAUUUUGUAAAUAUUUUGCUUUUUUUGUGUACUAAAACUACCAGCAUCUAGAUUUCCAUAAGAAUUCUUGUAUUUUUGUAUCCGGAAGAUUACAGUGAGUGAAUGAAGCUGUAAGAGAAAUUUCCAUAGCCUUUGGCACAGGUAGACCGGAUGGGAUUCCUUUUCAUAUGGUUUUAAAUAACAUUUUGUUAGCACACUGUUCCAAACAGGAUGAAUGUCCUCGCUGCAAAUGUUGGCUUCUCUUCAUGGAGAGAAGGGGGGGCAAUGGGGGAUUAUUAUUUAAUGAGUUUUUUCUUUUCUUUUUUUAGUAUAUGUUGGAUUACAUAAAUUCUCUAGUGACAUCUUAAAUUUAAUUUCUCAGCCCAGAAGCACAAAACUGAGUUGUGCCCCUGAACUCAUGAAUUGAAAGCAUACUAUUGCGUUACUGAGAAUGUAAGUGAUGGGCAGUAUAGUGGUAACUCACUUAAUAUGAAGGAGAAGGGAAAACUAGUUCAAAGUGACCUUCAUUUUGACAUGGCUAUGGAUCUCCCUAUGUUGUGUAUUAGAGCUUAAUAGGAUACCAUUUAUGUUACUAGGUGGGUAACUUCUGGUAACACUUUAUUUCCAAUUGAUGUGUAAUUGUCACUUUCAGAUUCAUAAGCCAUAAUGGACAGCCUAAUAUCAUAAAUAUAUACCUACCAAGUGACUUGAAAACUAUGCCGAUCUAAAAUAAAGUAUUACCACAUGUGGAAUAUGCCUCACUGACUACUUAGCAGUGUAUAAUCCCAUUGCAACCCAGAAGAAUGCCACAAUGUAAAUGGUCAGUGACUCACCCCCCUUAAAGCUUUACAGAUAUUAAUGCUACUACUAUAUAAACUGUCAGUUUAACUGUGGUGUAAAAACUUCUUUGUUUUUUAAAAUCCUUGAGCAUAAGAAAACAGCAUCAGAAAACUGGUUUGGAAAACAUAUGCCCACAUACAAUGAAGAUGCUUCAACAGUUUUUAACAAAAUCAUGUGAAAAGGAAUAUUAAAUUCCUCUCAAUGUAUAGUAAACUUGUAUUAUAGUUUUUACAAGAAUGUGAACUUGUGUAAUAGUAUAUUAGAAGAUAUUGUUGGAUUUCUAACUGUUUAUACAUUUAAAUUCAUACAUGUAAUGUUUGUUUUAUUGAUUACACUCUGAAUUUCUAAGAUGCAUGUUGACUUUUUGCAAUAAAGAGAUAAUAUGGAAUGGUUUAAAAUUAUAAACAAAAAAGGCAUAAAACAAUUUGAAUUGAAAUGGGGGGGGGGGGGGAACCAUUCCAAAAAAAAUUAUAAUCACAAAAAGCUGUAUUGCUUGUUUUCUUCUGAGAUGUUUAUUGUAUGACUGUGUG